AUGGGCGGCCUGGUGUACUGGACGACGCUAGCAAUCGUCGCGGCCAUCGCGCUCCGAUGGGGUCUCGAAGCUGGGAUCAACCUCGUGCUCCGUCGAUCGUCCCGUCUAUGGACCAACCUCAAGCUCGACGAGGAGACCAUCCUAAACGUUCACGUGCACCCCGUGCGCAUCCGGCUGUGGAGCCUCCUAUGGGCGUUUGCGAAGGCGCCAAGCCAAGCCAUGCUCAUGCGCCUCGUCGUCUCGGCAGUCUCGGUCCAGAUCGUUCGCACGCGCGAGAAAGCUCCUCAGCAGGUCCAUGUCCGUGUUCUGCCGCCGGAUGCGUCGCUGGCCUCAUUUGCUAGCCUCCAUGACCCGACCCAUACGCUAUGGGCAGUGGUGCUGCCGCUCGUGCAGCGUUUUGGCGUCGUCGCUCGCAUCGUGCAUUUACUCGGCGUUACCAUCGCCAACAUGUCGCUCUCGUUGCAGGAGAAUGGCCAAGAUAUUGUCCAGAUACAGCGCGCGAGUGUGAACGUCCAGCUUCGCUUGAACGUGACGAGCCACGACCUUCUGCUCUGCGCCACUAUCGCGCAAGACCAAUCCAUGGAGGUUGUCGUCCGCGGCGCUCGCAUUCAGAUGCAAGAGGUGCAGCUCAAGAUCGCAGUGCCAUUAUCGCGUGAUCGUCACGACCUUCGGGUGCCGCUACCCCACGAGGUCACAAUCUCGGGCCGUGAUCUGCAUGUGUCCAUCACAGACAUUGCACUGCUCGCUCCGUCCUCCAAGCCUUCCACGCGUGCGGCAACUCCGUCGGCCGCAGCGCUUUCCGAAGACGACUGGCGUCGACUCUUGACAUACGACUGGCUCGCGCUUCUUCCCAAGAUCACGACGUUUGCAUGGUCGUCCAUACGUCUCGAGGUGCACCAUAAGUCGGACAACGUGCUUGAUGUGACCGUGGCGCGACUGGUCGCAGCCAGCAACCACCAUCGCCAGACGACGCGAGGGCCGUUCAUGGGACGAACGUGGGCGAUUGAACUCGGGCCCGUGAGCGCAACGUUGAGCUCGUCGCCACUUCUUUCUAUUGCGCCGGCAGCCGUUUGGCUUGAAAUCCACCCGCGCGCGGGCGGAACAAUUGACUUGAAGCUCUCGGGGGAAGUCAAGCGCGUGCACGUGACACUAACCGACCAACUCGAGCCGUGGGUCGCCCUCGCCGCCUCAUGCGCACCGCCCACGUCAGCACAAGCGUCUUUGCCCAUGUACAGUCCGUGGACACUCGAUGUCCAGAUCAAGCUCGUGCAAACGAAGCUUACGACCGUUCCGCGAACAGCAGUACCCCUCAGCGAUCCUUCCUACGGAGCACCAUCUCUAGACGUGCGUCUCGACGACUUUCAUGUGUCUGUGUUUCCGACGACAAUGGUCGGUGUGCGGUCGCUGGUGGAGCUCCGUCUUUGCCGUAUGAGCAUGUGGACAGCAAACGAGAAGCACAUUCUUUCAGUUGACACGACACGGCUCUUUCUCGGGCCACUGGACUCUAUUUUGCACGGCCAGACCAAGCCCGCCGACGUCGAGAUGGAGGCCGAGUGGAUCCAACUCACGUACUCGCCCGCCGCGUUGCAAGCUGUCGGCGGCGCCUUCCAUCUUGGCCUCUUUGUGGCCCAGGCGCCGUUACGAAAGGUGUUUGCUCGCGCAAAGUCCAUGAGUCCGUCCCUCGUGCCAGACAUGCGGCCGCUUCAGGAUGUCUGCAGCGACGACACGCGCUUGUAUGCGCACGUCAACUUUCGCGGAGCCAUCAAACGCAUUGUUGCCAUCUUCCCCACAACAUGCGCGGGCCAAACGACGAUGGAGCACGUGAGCAUCGACCACAUGAGCAUUGAAACCGAAGCCGAUAGCGCGCGUUACCGGCUGCACUUUCGGCACAUCAAAGCCCUGUCGUCCCCGUCCAUCACGCCGUACUUGAGCGUCGCCGACUUUGCAAUCGAAGAGACGCCGGUCCGGGACACGUCGAUCGUUGAUCUCUAUGGGCGCCGCGUGGUCGUGCAUUGGGACCUCGCGCUGCAGCUGCGGCUGCUUGUGCUCGUUCAAGACGUCACACUCGCGUCCUACAACAUGCUCUUUCAGCUCUUUCACACGUACACGACGUUCAUUGCGCCACGUCAUUCCAAAUUCAAGCUUGGUGUGAACGCUCCCAUGGACGACGUGGCAGCAUACGAAGCGGCACAUGCAAAGCUCGCUUCCUUAACGAGUGCAUCCGGUGACAAGUUGCAUCGACUCCACAUCGCUACGAUCGCUGUGACGAUGGCGCCAUACGACCUGGAGCUGCGUCUCGACACCUUCGGCGGCGCCGACCUCCCGGAUCUCUGGUCGUUCGCCAACAUCACAGUGCAGUGGCAAAACGAACUGCUGCUCUCGGUCAAGUCCGUUUCGGUCCGACGGACACUCGACCGCCGACCCAAUUACAUUUUUGGCGAAUUUGAAGCCAUGCUUCGGCAGCGACAGCGCAUUGUCGCCCCAGCGGCAGAGCGCAUCGCGGUCGAAGGUCUUUUGAUCGGCCUCAGUGGUCUCGAGAUCCGGCUUGUGUACCGUUUCUUUGUACCGCUUUCAAAGCUCGUGUCCACGUUCCAGCUCCAUGCGGCAGGGCUCGUCACCGCGCUUCAGCAAGAGCUCGCCGUCUAUUGGCGUCCGCAGUCGGCUCUGGCGUAUACGUACUUUGCCAAGAUCGCUGAGCCCACGUCGCCAGUGAUUUGGCUCGAUAUCCACGACGUCGCUGUCGUGGGCUUGGACCACCCCAUGGAAGUUUGGCUUGCCCAAAUGUACCCGAUCUGGAUGGAUGACCUCGCCGAGCAAGAGGUGCGCCGCCAGAUCGUUGAAGAGCAGUGGCACAGCCUCAAGCUCACGAACGCUGACAUGCUUGCCUUGGAGACCUACCAGGAUAUGACCAAGGUACGGCUCGAGAAGAACGCGACGCUGUACAUCCAGCGCGUGAAGCAGCGCCCGUCGAUCGUACCGCGGCCCCGGUUACGCUUGCACGUGCAGAGUAUUGUCGGCUCCAUCACUAUCGCCUCCGACGACGACCCGAGCUCGAUUCGUCGACUGAAGGAGCUCGACGAAGCCUCCGACGCCGUCCAUCGGGCACUUCGGGGACCACCCCAUGAGACCACUUGCUUUCGCCCGUCGUUUGACUUUUUGAUCGCCAUGGUGCUGGACAUGAGCGUCGACGCCAUCGUGGUCGAGCUCCGAGAUCAUACACCGCUCUUGGUGCACCAGGUAACUGUUCGAGGCGACGUGAUUCUCGCGCAACCCACGAGCACGAAAGUCAUGCAGGAAGCGCACACUGUCUCUAUCGGUCCCCACUUAUUGCUUCCAGUCGAGACGUCGACAAGCCCGCUAAAGCUCUUUCUCGACCUCGACGUUGUCUUGCGCGGUACCACCGUGUCGUACACGCCGCGAAUGAACGCAAUCUUUGCCGAGGUGUUUCAGGACAUGCUGCGCGCCUUGUCGCUUGUCGUACCGAGUGCUGCGUACUGGGAUGCGAUUCGCGGGUUUCUGCACGGCAAGUGCCACGUACACCUCGACGAGACAACGGUCCGACUGUUUGGUGCCAACCAAGAGCACUUGCUGCUGAGUCUCCACGCAAUCGAUAUCGCGUACAAACACCAAGACGUGGUCUUACAAGUGGCAAAGCUGCGCUGCCGCAUCGAGCCGAUCGGGUUUGGCAACGUCAUCGAUGUUCACCGCAUCCACUGCCACAUCCAACUCGACUGGGGCUGCAACAGCAUCGUGCACUACGUGACGCCCCUCGAAUUCACGUACUUGGACAUCCAGCGCCAAGUGCAACGGUUCGUUUUGGAGCCGCUUCCCAGCGCGUUUACAUCAGCGGGCCUGCAUGUGCACGUGACGGUGCAAGUGACGACAAACGACCGAAACGAAAUGCCGUCGGUACUGCUGUACGGCAAGACAGUCGAGUGGCUGCUCCACUUUGCCCAGCAGUAUGCGCGCGCAUUUAGCAGCCCUUGCUUUACACGUCGACCGCAUGUCGUGCCCGUGGUUUCUCUGCGUGCAAUUCUCGGCCAUCUCCAGACGUGCACGAUCGAGGCAGUCGAAAUCGCAGGCCUCGACGUGGCGCUCUACUACAGCGACCAGAGCCCCGAGGGGUGCCGCUGGAGCCUACGCAACCUCUUCUUCUCGCUUGGCGCGACGCGGGGCCUUGUCAAGACCCUUGCCGAGUCGCUCAACGACCACACGGUGUCGGUCCUCGAUGUUGCAUUCCACGAUGUAGUGUUUGGUGUCGCCGAACUGCAUGUUGAAAUGGAAAAGACGCGCAACGCGUCCAUCGCGCCGCUGGCUGACGCCCGCCGGGCUCGAAUGGCAUCACGUUUGCACGCGGCCCCAACAGCAGCGGCCAUGGCGCCAACGACGACGUCGUCUCGGGCUCAAAAGUCCAUUAUGGAGAUCUUUGAUAUCAAGGGCGACGAACACUUACUCAAGCAUCGACCGGACGACCCCAUGGCGUUCGAAGCUGAGGUGUCGACGGUCGUGCCAGAGGCGGCGCCGACACCCCGCGUCGUCUUCGGACGCGGGUGUCUUCUCAGCGUUUUGCUGGACGCACCCAGGGUCCUUGUGACGCUCGAUACGCUCGAAACCCUCUUUAAUAUUGGCAGCGCGUGGAUGCAGUUCUCACAAGAGCAUGUGCCCGAGCUCUUUCGCGUCUCGAUCGACGCGGUGCGCGCGUACGAAGCAACAACGUCGCAAGCAGUGACACCCGUCGUCGUGCCCAAGAAAGAUGAGCCUUCGUUGUUGGAGCUGCUCGAAAGCAAAAAACGCGGAGUGCGUGUGAGCUCGACCAGCGAUACGCGGUCGGCGGACUCGACGCCGGCGUGUUCCAAGGACGAGGACCGUUCUCGAACGUUGUUUCGCAUUGAGCUCGUGGAUCUGCAAGUGUUUGUUCAAGACACGCUGCACAAGGGCGGUGUCCUCUUUGCCAUUCCGUCGGCGACGAUCAGUCACGCCGUCGACUUGGACGCGAACACUGAGCACGUGGAUAUUCUCAUGCACGGCGUGCUCCUCUACACGUCGUCGCUCGACGUGGAUGUCAUGCACCGGCAAUGGCUCAAGCGGAAGGCGCCCGACGGCUACUGCAACAGCUCGACAGCACUCUUGCGCAAGGUUGUGCACGCGACCGAGUCCCAGCACUGCGCUAUUGCCGUCACACACACGCUGCCCACCGUGCAUCAGAUCCACGUCACGAUUCCGUGCGUCGACGCGACAUUGGAUCUCGAGAGCAAGCAAAUUUUGCUCGACCUUGCGGUUGCCUUUACCCACGCAGUACAAGAAAAGAUGGCCAAGGCGAAACAUGACGUUUUGGUGCAGGCCAUGCUUCAGCACUUGACGCCUGACAGCGCGUAUGCGACACUCUCACUGCCAGAACUUUGGCACAAACAACGCGACACGCAAUGGCAGAUCCAACAGCUCAAGUGGCAACAAGCGUGUCGGUUCGGCUACAGCCUCGCCACGCAAGAUCGUUUCCACGAAGCCGAUCGCUCGACAUCGGCGACGACCGACGGGGCUCGGCGUCGACGGCUCUCGGCCCACAGCUCGUCCGUCUCAAGCGACCUCGCUCGGAACGACGACGGGCUCAAUCGGGCGUUGGAUGCGCUGCAAGCCACGCUGGACCGACUCUUGACGGCCGUCGCGGCGAGUUACCAAGUGUACCGCAAGUCGCUCCAAGUGCGCCCGACGAUCGAGCUAUCGUUUCAUCUCGCCCGUGCGACGCUUUUGCUGCGCAGUCCUAGCGUCUCGCUCCUUCAGGUCGUGCACACGGGCCUUGUGUUGAGUUUUUCGCAGUUUGAAGACCAGUCGGGCACCCUCUCGUGCACGAUUGCAGGGCUCUCGGCCGCCAACUUGCUGCCGCAAACGCCCUACCCCGAGCUCCUCGGACGCGCCGCAACGACGAGCACUGACCACUUGCUAGACACCGACACGAUCGUCCGCAUUGAUGCGGAGAUGGCAACGCCCAUCGGCGGCAUCACGGUGCUCCAGCACUUUGAAGUCAACGUGCAGCCGCUCCAAGUGUGCUUGACGUACGACCUCAUCGUGCAGCUCGCAGCGUUUUUCGGUGGCGACCGCGGGCGUCGUGACGACGCCGAAGCCGAGAUUCGCCAUCAAUUCUUACCGCCGUCUAUCAUGCGGCCUUUCCAGAAGCCUCGCAAGUCGAUGGCAGAGACCGUCAAAACCGAGUGGGUUGACGACCAAGAGCGCGAGGUGGCCGAGAUGACGGAUCGCGCGACCAAGAACAUGACGUUCAAGCACAUUCGACUGGGCACGAUCCAGAUCUUGCUGAGUUACAAGAGUGGCAAGUCGGUGACGCAGCCCCAGCAGCACCUCGAGGACAUGCGCGGCUUUGACCUCAAGAUCCAUGCGCUUGUCUACACGGACAAGACGUGUACGCUCGACGACCUCUUCCUGCGCAUUCGGCGCGACAUCAUCCUCGACAUCCUCUCGCAAGUCGGGCGCAACUUCAACAACAUUGGUCUUCUACUCAAGGAGAAGCUGGACCUUUCGCGCUGGGCGGGCCUCGAGUUCCCCAUGAAGAGCCUCUCGCAGUCCAUGACGGGUACGACGACCGCGACGACGUCACCGGACCGAACCUUCCAGCUCGAGCUGCCGACGGACGCCAGCAGCGGCUCCCCAAAGAAGAUGAAGCCGCGCUUUAGCUUCUUGAAGCCAAAAAAGGCAAAGCCUGCCAAGGAAGAAGCCGUUUCCAUGGCAUCGCCGCCGACAAGUCCGUCCACGUAGCAAACAGGCAGCUGGAUUAGGUUAAAGAUGAUGAUGAUGAUGGAAUGAAAAGCGUGGGUUACAAGCCGCCGG